AUGGUUCAACAUAAAGAAACAUCUCCACUCCACGGAAAUUUCGAAGUAGAUGAAAAAAAACUGCCUUUAAGACGACGAAAUGAUGCCAUCGAUGAACUAUUCAAUAACGAGGAUGGUGACGUUGAGGACGAAGAAGGAGAAAAUCUGUUUGGGGAUGAUAUGGAAAGGGAUUAUCGUCCACAACCGGAGCUUGAUGUCUACUCAGAGUCUGGGAUGGACGAUGCGUCUGAUUUGGAAGAACUGUCCAUAGGUGCGAGGCAAGCAGCAGAGAGAGAGAUGGCUCAGCGAGAUCAGCUUCUGGAUGACGAUGCUUUGUUUUAUGAGGAAGGAGACGACGAGCAGAGACAGCGAAGAAGGCGUCGUGUACCUGUGGCUGGUGAGGCUGAGGAUGUACCGAUGGAAGAGGAGGUUCCAAUCGAUAUUCUGGAAAACUUGAGAGGUCGUUCGACGAAGGAGCAUGUCUCGGAUGAGGCAGUAGCAAGGGAGAUAGAAAGAAGGUUCAAGAAUUUCCUGCGUGCGUUCAAAGAUCCAGUGACGAGAAAGGCGAAGUACUUACAGGCUAUGAGUCAAAUGGCGUCCGAGAACAAAGAGUCAUUAGAAGUUGAUUUCCGUGACUUAGCAGAUGAAGAUGGGGAGCCAAACAUUUGUUAUUUCCUGCCAGAAGCUCCUGUUCAGGUGCUAAGGAUCUUGGAUAAGGCCGCAACUGAUGUUGUCCUUACGAUAUACCCCUAUUAUGGGCGUGUCUGUGCAGAAGUCAAGGUACGAAUAACUCAUUUACCAGUUGAAGAAGAUAUCCGCAUGCUUCGACAGAUACAUUUGAAUAUGCUCAUAAAAACAAGCGGUGUCGUGACUGUUGCUACAGGUAUUUUGCCACAGUUGUCGGUUGUGAAGUACGACUGCGUUGCUUGUGGCUACAUACUUGGUCCAUUUGUUCAACGUGAAGACGAUGAGGUCAAGCCGACGAUCUGUCCAUCAUGUCAAGGGAGAGGUCCAUUUGAGCUCAAUGUUGAGAAUACCGUCUAUCACAAUUAUCAGCGUAUUACUAUCCAAGAGUCUCCGAAUAAGGUAGCAGCUGGUCGUUUGCCUCGUUCAAAGGAUUGUAUAUUGCUUGGUGAUCUUUGUGAUUCUUGCAGACCAGGCGAUGAGAUUGAGGUCACUGGAAUUUAUUCGAAUAAUUUCGACGGAGCUUUAAACUACAAGCAAGGUUUUCCUGUGUUCAACACACUUAUUCACGCUAACCAUAUCGCAAAUAAAGAUAAACUCGCUUGCAGCGAACUUACUGACGAUGAUAUGAAGGCAAUUCGUGAGCUCUCAAAGGAUCCACAUAUCGCUGAAAGGAUUUUUGCGUCUAUUGCUCCGUCGAUUUACGGGCACGAAUCUGUGAAACAAGCGAUUGCUUUGGCACUGUUUCGUGGAGAGGCAAAAAAUCCGGGUGAAAAGCACAAGUUAAGAGGAGACAUUAAUGUUCUUCUCUGUGGAGAUCCUGGAACUGCAAAGUCACAGUUUCUACGAUUUGCGGCUCAUACAGCCCCACGUGCAGUGUUGACAACUGGACAAGGUGCUUCUGCCGUUGGGCUGACUGCGUACGUCCAGCGUCAUCCCGUCACUCGUGAAUGGACAUUGGAAGCCGGUGCCAUGGUUCUCGCCGAUAAAGGUGUUUGUCUUAUCGACGAAUUUGACAAAAUGUCUGAUCAAGACCGCACCUCCAUCCACGAAGCAAUGGAACAGCAGUCAAUUUCAAUUUCUAAGGCUGGUAUCGUAACUUCACUUCAUGCUAGGUGUACCGUUAUUGCUGCAGUUUAUAAUGAACAUGUUUUCUACAAUCCUUCGCGUACUUUUGCUGAGAAUGUAGACUUAACGGAACCAAUUCUUUCUCGUUUUGACGUAUUAUGUGUGAUAAGAGAUACAGUUGAUCCUGUUGAGGAUGAGAGGUUGUCAAAGUUUGUUGUUGGGAAUCAUAUGAAACUGCAUCCUAAUCAUCAAGACUAUGCUAAAGAAGAUAAGGAAAAUGAGAGGAACGACGUAGAUGCUCGCACCGGAGUAGCACUUGUACCUCAAGAUCUUUUAAGAAAGUAUAUUCUUUUCGCAAGGGAUAAGUGUCAUCCUACUCUCGAUCAGAAAUACUCUGAGAAGCUAGCGUCGGUGUUUGCACAAAUGAGGAAGCAAAGUAUGGCUACCGGUUCGGUCGCAAUCACCGUUCGUCAUGUUGAAUCGAUGAUUCGUUUGGCAGAGGCACAUGCCAAAGUGUACCUGAGAUCGUAUGUAAAUGAUGAUGAUAUUCAAGCGGCAACGAGAAUUAUGCUUGAGAGCUUUAUUAGUACACAAAAAGCGUCAAUCAUGCGGCAAAUGAAUAAGGUAUUCUCCAAGUAUCUCAUAGGGAAUCGCUCGUCCAGUGAAUUACUUUUGUUCGUCCUGAAACAGCUUGUGAAAGAACAAUUGCGUUACGAAGCUGCUAGAGGCCGAGACGCCAGCACGGCGUCAAUUGCUAUUUCGGAGUCGGAUUUUAUCGACAAGGCUCAUCAACUAAAAAUCGAAAAUGUGAAGGCUUUCUAUUCGUCCGAUCUUUUCAAUGCUCAUCACUUCAGCUACGACCCAAAUCUUAAGCAAAUAACACAAACAAUUUUUUAA